AAUGUUCUAAAGUCAGGAGAGUUCUUGUUUCGCUGGUAUUCUGAGGUGCUGCUGUAAAAGAUGAGGCUGAAGGAGAGCCGAGCAAGAUCCUUCCAGGCUCCCGUCACCAUCCACAACCACGCGGGCAGCCAGGUGUUCGUGUUCCACAGCGGCCCCCUGGAGCCGGAGGAGUCGUCCGAGGAGGAGGCGACGGUGACCACGGAGCUGCGGGCGCGGGGCAGGGAGCAGCCGCGGAGCAGCGCGGCGCGCGGCGCCCUCGGCGACGUGGUGCUGCUCCAGCGGGAGGUCACGCACGACGACAGCCUCAACAAGCUGGCCCUGCAGUACGGCUGCAAGGUUGCAGAUAUCAAACGUGUCAACAACUUCAUCCGGGAGCAGGAUUUAUACGCGCUGAAGUCCAUCAAGAUCCCUGUGAAGAACCACGGGCUGUUGACAGAGAAGGACCAGGAGCUGCAGCCCAUUGGGCCCGUGUGCCCCGGGGCCACCCCAACGCUCGUGGACAUCCCCGAGGCCGGCGCUGAGAGCACAGAGCUGCAGGACUAUUUCAGAGGCAUCGACAGGAGCAUCGAGGAGGCCGCGCAGGCCGAGGCCCAGCUCARUGCCGAGUUCGGCCUCGAAGCGCCGCGGAGGCCGCCGGGCUCGGGGACGCCGGGCAGCGGCAGCGGCGCCGACUGCGGCAUCCAGUGGUGGAACGCCGUUUUUGUGAUGCUCCUCAUAGGAGUUGUCCUGCCCGUGUUUUAUAUCACCUAUUUUAAAACACAGGGGACUGGGGCGAUGGCCCRUAACUCCAGCACAACACUGACCUCAAACAUUUCAGCAGAUGGAUUAGAAGGGAAAGUGCCUCAAAACUUAGUUACAGAGGAGAUCCCAAAAGGGAGGAUCAAGCCAAGCAGAGCCUCCCCUGCCAGCACUGAAGUCCACAAACCAGCGACUCUGACUGUGGUGCGGCCAGGGGGAUAACGAUACCGGAAAUUUGACUUUCCUUAUUUUUUUCCCUUUUUUUUAAGUAGAUGAUGUAAUCCUGAACUC